CAAUUUCCUGGAAUGUCUAUCUCCCGAGGCAUUUGUUCGAAUUCUCAAAGUGACCAGGCCGCUCAUGCCAAUUUUUGGUAUUGCGUUCCUCUUAGUCGCAUGAAAUGGAUGAAUUGAUUGAUUGAUUGUUAUUUUUCCCAAGUCCGGGAGGGGUAACAAGAAAUCUAAGGCUCCUCCUAAAUCAAAAUUCACCGGCGGCUCUCAGGAUUUGUAUUUCAGAAGUUCUCUUCUCCGAUACUGCGGUGGGGAGAAAAGAUUGAUGGAAGUUGACAAGAGAAGAAUGGGUGGUGGCAACAACAUAAGCUCAGUAUUCUAUGCAGACUCAUACCAUCCCAUUCAAGCUGGCAGCAUAGACGGGACAGAUAUUCUUCCUCACGAUAAUGCUGUUUAUCGAGCUCUUCUCUGUUCCUCUGCUGGCCUCUACGACCCAUUUGGCGAUCCCAAGGCCACGGGCGACCCAUAUUGCACUGUCUUCGUAGGCCGCCUCUCUCGCCUCACCACAGAAGAAACCCUUCGCAAAGUUAUGAGCAAGUAUGGUCGGGUGAAGAACUUACGCUUGGUUAGGGAUAUUGUAACUGGAGCCUCCCGUGGCUAUGCUUUUGUUGAGUAUGAAACUGAAAGUGAGAUGCGGCGUGCUUAUGAGGAUGCUCAUCAUUCUAUUAUUGAUGAUUGUGAAAUUCUAGUUGAUUAUAACAGACAGCAGUUGAUGCCUGGGUGGAUUCCUAGAAGGUUAGGUGGUGGCCUUGGUGGUAAGAAGGAAUCUGGACAACUUCGUUUUGGGGGAAGGGAAAGGCCAUUUCGAGCUCCUCUGAGACCAAUACCAUACAAGGAUUUGGAGAGGCUUGGCAUUCCACCACCUCCUGAAGGAAGAUACAUGUCACGCUUUCAGAUCCCAUCACCUCCUGGAAUUAAAAAGGGUGAUCUAGACAGGGAAGAAGGCUCUCGUAGAAGGAGUUCAAAUAAUAGGAUCGAAGGUGCCAUCAAAUCUCUUGCUGAUGGGAAUUGUAAGGGUAAUUCAAUUCACCGAGAGGACUAUGCUCAUCAAAGGAGCUAUGUGGAAAGGAGAGAGGAGAGAGAUGGGCAUUACUAUUGUAGGAGUUUCUCUGACAAGGAGCGUCAUUCCAGGAGAUCUGAUGAAAGGAGGGAACACUCUCGGAAAAGGAAAGAAAGAGACGAACACUCUACAAGGAGGCCAAAAUGUGGCCGUCAUUCUCAUCGUGACGAAUAAUGGUCAAUUCUUCAUCAUCCAACCUCUGUACAGUUCAUUCAAGGUGAGAUAUAUGGUGCUGAGUAUGGAAACUUAGGUUAACCUAUUCAGCUGAACCAAUAAGCCGUUACACUAUCACUUUGACCAGUUUAAUAAAAUGUUUUGUUUACAACUAGUUUGAUCAUGAUUCAACUACAUUUUUUACCAUUAAUCCUUGAAUCAGUGUGUUGACUGAUUUUAUAACCAAUCCAGUGUCUAGUACCUUGAUUACA